GUAUAAAAUGCUGAUGUUGCCGAUUUAAUUUGUUUUAUGCCCCAAUUUCUAUAUUCAUUUUGCAGUAUUACAAUGUAAACAUAUGGCUACAUUUUAUCCACGCAGUCCUGGUAUAUAUAAAAUGAAUCUAGGGCAAAUCAGUAUCAAAAUCGUGAUGCUGUGUGCCCGUAAUCUCCACCCAUUUCCUGAGGUGUGAAGGAUGUCGUUCUGUAGCCCACCGCACCCACCAGCUCCACAGCAGCAGCAGCCUUCCUGACCGAUUUCUGUUCACAUCGACUCCUGCUUCAUCUACACAGACUUUCGGGGAAUCCGCACGUAGGCACGGACCAGUCGAUGGAAAAAGCGAGAAGAUGAUACUGUGAAGAGGGUGGACAUGGAAACCCGACGCUGAGUUCCUUUAAUUGUGAUCAUAAGACACCAUGGCCAAACAGUAUGAUGUGCUGUUUAGACUCCUGCUCCUCGGAGACUCCGGUGUCGGCAAAACCUGUUUAUUAUGCAGAUUCACGGACAAUGAAUUUCAUCCCUCUCACAUUUCCACCAUCGGUGUCGAUUUCAAAAUGAAGACUUUGGAGAUAGAUGGCAUUAAAGUGCGAAUACAGAUAUGGGACACAGCAGGUCAGGAGAGAUAUCAGACCAUCACUAAGCAGUACUACAGAAGAGCACAGGGCAUUUUUCUGGUGUAUGACAUCACAAGCGAGCGCUCGUUCCAGCACAUCAUGAAGUGGGCCAGUGAUGUAGAUGAGUAUGCCCCUGAGAAAGUGCAGAAGAUACUUGUUGGAAACAAGUCUGAUGAAGAACACAAGAGACAAGUAGCUACAGAACAGGGAAAUAAGCUUGCCAAGGCUUAUGGAAUGGAUUUUUUUGAGACAAGUGCCUUUACCAACCACAACAUUACAGAGUCUUUCACCCGAUUGGCUGAGUUAGUCUUACAAGCCAAUAAGAAGGAUCUUGAUUUGUUGGGAGGAUCCAUGAAUGAUGAGUUCAAUCUGGCUGUUUUGGAGGAGCAGGAAGGAUUGUGUAAUGUUAGCGAUGACACCCGCAAGUCCUGCUGGUGCUGAGGACAGGAAGUGACAUGACUACUUUUUCACUUCAUAUCCAUAUUUAUGUUGCAUUUACAUUUUGAAUUUCAUUUUGCAAAACAGUUAUUGUUAACCAGUGUUUGGUGCCUUUAAUGGCUUAUUUCCUGCUGAUUCUUAAGAAUAUUAUUUCUUAUUGAUUAUUUAUUUUAUAGUUACUAAACAUUAAGAUAGAACAUUAAAGAAUAUUGUAUCCUCAUUCUGAAAAUCAAGAUCAAAAGGCCACUGCUGUGCAAUUGUACAUUAUUUAGUUACGCUCAUUCAAGCCACACAUUCAGAGUCUGUCAUACGUUAUAUUAAAUGUAACAAAUAUAAAAUACAAGUUGAUUAAGUGUUAGGCAGCACUGACAGAAUGGUUUAUUCAAAGGAAUAGUUCAAUCAAAAAAGAAAAUGUCAAGAAUAUUAAGCCACCCUCAGGCUAUCUAAUGAGUUUAUUUCUUCAUCAUAACAGGAGAAAUCUAGCACUACUUUUUACAUUUAACUCACCAAUGGAUCCUCUGCAGUGAAUGGGUGCCAUCAGAAUGAGUCCAAACAGCUGGUAAAAAACUCCCAGUAAUCCACAAGUAAUCAACACAACUCUAGUCCAUCAAAUAAUGUCUUGUGAAGUCAAACGUUCUGUGUUUGUUAGAAACCAAUCCAUCAUUAAGGCAUUUGAAGUUUAAACUAAAUUUCCAUAAUCCAUACUAAAAGUCCACCUGCUAUUGUCUUCUUACAACAAAAUACACCAACACAUUUUUUUCUCUCUUGUAAACAGUGCUUGAUCUGUGCAUAUAUCUCUCCUGAUUUAGAGAAAGCAAUAUUAUGGAUAUUGUCUUGAUGAUGAUUUGUUUAUUACAAACACAGCUUUCCACUUUUAAUUGGUGGACUAGAGUCAUGUGGGCUAUUAUGAUGCUCUUAAUCAGCUGCUUAAACUCUCGUUCUGAUGGCACCCAUUUACUGCAAAGGAUCCUUUGGUGAACAAGUGAUGUGCUGCUAAAUUUCUCCAAAUAUAUUCUGAUUAAAAAAAGACAUGAGGGUGAAUAGAAUUUAAGCAAAUGGUCCUUUUUGGGUGAAGUAUUCCUGGUUGUAUGGCUGGGGUGCUCAUGCUAACAUAUUCUUCUUUCCUUGUGUUUUGCUUUGGGACUUCAUGUGAAUAUUAUUCAGAUUUGAUUUGGCUUUCUAUAAAAAUCUUGAAUUUUGAAACCUUGACUGCACCUACUUGACCAAUGUUUGCUCUUUCAAGGUAAUAAAUGUAUUCUUGAAUGAUGAAAUGAUGAAGCUUCACACGUCACUGUAACAUUCUAAGCUUCUUUUCGUUAAAAGAAAAAAAUUGAAAAAAAUAGUCACUAAACAUGCUGCUUAACAGUUCUGGUCCACUGUGAUUGUAAAUGAAUGCAAGGAAUUUUGAUCUCAUUAAUCUGAGGUUACUCACUAAUUUACUCAAGUAGUAUGAUUGAAUGCGGUAUUUUAUACCAAUAUUACAUCAAGCUCACUUGUUCCAUCAAUAAUCACUAUUUAGCUGAUUAGAAUAGUUGGGAUGUUUCAACUUUUACUCUAUAAAUGAAUCCGGAAUUGAUGUGGUUUAAUUUCAUCACAGCACACUGAAUAAUGUUUUUUCCUGCUUAAAUCAACAUCUUACCCAUACAAACUGGAGGGAAAUAUAUGCAGACUGAACCGUUGUGAUGCCCAGCAUUGAUGGCGGUGUACAUCACUGUAAUGACAUGGGUUGUAUUGCUAAAGAUUCAAUGUAUAUUACACUAUUGCAGCAUUUAUAUGUGCAAGUGCCAUUGUACUAUGUUGAUUUAAAUUAACUCUUGAAUAAUGCUGAUAUGUUUAUCUGUUGUUUCAUGAAAUACGUCCAUGAAAAAAAAUCUGAGAAAUUUAAAUGCGUAUGUGGUUAUUUAUAUAUAAACUGCAAUGUUGUGAUUCUGUUUAAGGGGGGAUGUAUAGUUAUGAAUAAACAUCUAAUUAUGUAA